AUGUCUGGAGAAAAAUCUUGGAAAAUAAAAGAACUUUGUGGAGAAACAAGAUUUAACAAGGAGAAAAUACUUCAAGGACAGGGAGUAGAUGAGCCUCUUUCAGAAACUGGAUUGAAACAAGCAGCUGCUGCCGGUCUGUUUCUGACCAAUGUGAAGUUCACUCAUGCGUUCUGUAGUGACCUCACGAGGACAGCGCAGACCAUGCAGGGAAUUUUGGAGAAAAGCAAAUUGUGCAAAGAUGUGACAGUAACAUAUGAUUCAAGGCUUCGAGAAAGGAAAUACGGGGUUGCUGAAGGCAAAGCGCUGAGUGAGCUGAGGGCCAUGGCCAAGGCCGCUGGGGAGGAAUGCCCAGCCUUUACCCCUCCUGGAGGAGAGACACUCGAACAGGUGAAAAUGCGUGGAAAGGAAUUUUUUGAAUUUCUUUGUCAACUAAUCCUGAAAGAAGCAGGUCAAAAAGAACCGUUUUCCCAAGGAGCGCCAAGCAAUGCUCUGGAAACUUCAUUGGCAGAGAUAUUUCCUUUAGGAAAAAACCGUGACUCUGAAUUGAAUUCAGACAGUGGUGUUCCAGGGUUAGCAGCCAGCGUCUUAGUUGUGAGUCACGGCGCUUACAUGAGAAGCCUGUUUGGUUAUUUUCUGACUGACCUUAAGUGUUCCUUACCAGCAACCCUGAGCAAAUCAGAACUCAUGUCAGUCAGUCCCAAUACAGGGAUGAGUCUCUUUAUCAUACACUUUGAGGAAGGAGGAGAAGUUAAACCAACAAUCCAGUGUGUUUGUAUGAACCUACAGGAUCAUCUAAAUGGAGUGACUGAAACUCACUAAAUUUAAAUCUACAUCAAAAUCUAACAAUUUUGAGCCUCUGAAGGGAGUGCCUUUGACUUUAUGUACUCCUGUCCUUUGUAAUGCUGAUUUGGAAACAGUUAAAAGCAGAUUAUAAAGUUCCAGUGGAAUCCUAGCCACAUGAAACUUUAAUGGAAAGCCAUUAGAACUGAUUUAUUUUGACUGCUUACAGCUGAUGUUUUCCAGAGCAGUUUUACCAUGCUACUCAGUUACAUUUCUGGAUUGUAAAUGGAUGGAGGAACUCAGUAUUGCAAAUUGGGUGGCUAAUGACCUUGUAAUAAUGUUUUUUUGGUUCCCUUUUAUAUAUUAUUUUUCUUUAAUGUCUGAAAAUCUAGCCUAUUUUAUGGACUCUUGAUAAGUAAGAUACUGUAUGUCUUUUACUAUCUAGCUCAUCCCGUGCUUGGGAGAAAAGCUGUAUGUAAUUCCCACUACAUAUUUUUGUUUGUUUAUUUUGAUUUGGAGUCUCACUCUGUCAUCCAGG